ACGUGCUAUGGAGUUUUUACGUGUUUUGGAGUUUGUACGUGCUAUGGAGUUUUUUCUUGCAUCAAUAUCAUCGAGUUGUUUUGCUCUCUUGAUUCGUAUAGUCAUCAAUGAAUUGAACUUCAUCAAGACUUGUGAUGAUGAUGAGACUGCCAACCUCAUCUGGAAUGACUCAGCUGUGCAGCAUGAGAAAAUUGCUGAGCUCAGGAAUUAUCAGAGAAUUAACCAUUUCCCUGGGAUGGGCGAAAUCUGCCGAAAAGACUGCCUUGCAAGAAACAUGGCCAAAAUGAUCAAGUGCCAGCCUCAAGACUAUAACUUUAUACCCAAAACCUGGAUCUUCCCUGCUGAGUACACUCAGUUCCAGAAAUAUGUCAAAGAGCUACGCAGGAAACGCAAGCAAAAGACCUUUAUAGUUUAGUUUUACUCUUCCACUGUGACGUCGUUAUGUUCAUGUGUGUCAGCUGUCCCCCGUGUGUUCCCACUUCUCUCAUUAGCCUCCUGUGUGUAUUUAGUCUGUGCGUUCUCAUUCAGUCUUUGUCGGAUCGUCUGUGUUGUUUCCAUGCCAAGUCCUGCGUUCAGGUUUUCAUAUGUAUAUCCUCAUCAUCAUUGCCAUGUUUAGAGUUUGUUUGUUUUUCUGUUUGCCAGGGUUUUCAUAGUUCGUGCUACCUUUCUAGUUUACCCAGUUUAGGUUAUUGCUUAGUUUGCAUUGUUUUUGCCCUUUUAUUUUGUACUGUUCAGUCUGCCUUAAUAAACAGCUCAUCAGUUAAGUUUGA